CAGGGGGAUCCUACACGACGCUCUUCCGAUCUACUCACUCCUGGAAAUUUCAUCUCGUCGAGGAAAAGCUGCUGAAGUGUUUAACAUUUUGCGAGGACUGGAAUUCAAGAAAGAACAAGGUAUACUUUUGAUGUUUGUUUGUUUGUUUUGUUUUGGCUUGCUUGCUGUUGUUUGUUUGUUUGUUUGUUUGUUUGUUUGUUUGUUUGUUUGUUUGUUUGUUUGUUUGUUUGUUUGUUUGUUUGUUUGUUUGUUUGUUUGUUUGUUUGUUUGUUUGUUUGUUUGUUUGUUUGUUUGUUUGUUUGUUUGUUUGUUUGUUUGUAGUUUGUUUGUUUGUUUGUUUGUUUGUUUGUUUGUUUGUUUGUUUGUUUGUUUGUUUGUUUGUUUGUUUGUUUGUUUGUUUGUUUGUUUGUAGUAACACUGUACCAACUGGAGAAACCAUAGAAAUCAAGUUAUUUUAGUUUAGAAUUCUUUCCAUACUCCGUAGUAACACCGGAUCAAUAUAAGGAAUGACCUUUACUAUAAAUAAAGCUAUUCAGUGUAAAUAAAGUGUGAUGGUUCGUUGAAAUUUUUCCAAUAUUUUCUCCUGUAGUAACACUGGCUCAUUACAUGGGAUGGUCGUCAGUAGACCUCUAGGGAGAACAAUUUAGAACUGAUAUAGGUCUCCAAUAUAAAUAUAGUAAACUUGAUUUUUCUAUAAAGCAAGGCCGGAUUUUGGUAGAAAUGAUGGGGGAGUUUGCAGUCUAGUUCACCACAAAACGUAAAGUCACGACGUGACGUAUGCAUGUAACAUCAUCAGAGUUGCACUUGCCUGCUUGCCCGGCAGUGUGACCAGAUUUGGUAAUUUUAAUUACUUUUGGUAAUAUUUUGCGAUCCAAGCUCAUCCAAAUUGCAUGCUGCUGGUCCAGAUGAAUCGACGGAAUCGUGCUGAUCACUACUCACCCUGUGCUGAUUGCCAGCUAGAGACUCGGGCCCGAUCAUCGCGGUGCCACAUUUGCAUGUUGUACAAUUGCAAUAAAAAGUACAAAUGAGAAAGAAAAACAUGGAAAAAACAUAGUUUCAGUGAUGGAAAGCAUUUUACUGAUUUUGUUUUGCUAAGAUAUUUUAUUGAUUUUCAGACCACUUUGGUUGACAGCAGAAAUUUAGUAAUUUUUUCUACGUUUUGGUAAUUUUUUGCUCCCUUAUUUAGUAAUUGCCUUGCAAAAUAUCUGGUCACACUGUUGCCCGGGGCAAGUGAAUAUCAUGACGGGCAAGUAAACGUUUUAUCUUGCUUGCCCGAUUGGGCAAGUUGCCUUGCCACAAAAAGCUGGGUAUCUUUAAGUUUAUGUUUUCAAUGUCGGAUAACUUUUUUAUAGUGCAUGUACUUGAUUCAAAUUUUGUUUUUUGCGGGCCAAAGCUAGAUCUGAGGCAGUAUAACAUAGCCAUAUAGAACAGUGGGAGAACGGGUCGACAUGUUGUCCCCUUAAUUUAUACCCCCUACCUAGGUACCCCAGUGGCCAUUGUCUGAUGGCAAAUGAAUUUUAUUCAGGGCAACUAAUUUUCAUAUCCAACUUGCCCUGUGGGCAAGUGGUAAAAAAAGUAAAGUUACACCACUGCUAUCAUUGUAUGUAUGAACUUUCCCAGGGGAGGUGCAUGACUUUUCAGAGGAGGUGGAAAAAAUUUCAAGGGAGGUGCAAAACAAUCUGAUGGAGAUGUGCGCACUUUCCCACACCUCCCCUGAAAAUCCGGCCUUUCUACAAAAAUACAUUACAUUUCUUCUUGGAAUGACCCAAAUAUUACAAAAUUUCGGUUUUGUUUCAUUCACCUGUAGGUGAAUAUAACAUCUUAAUACGUUUAAUUUGACCAAUCAGGUUGUAGGAUUUGUUAUAUUCAUUUGUGCAAAAAUACUAAAAAGAGAUAUUUGAGUGUUCCAGUACGUUCGCUAAUUCGUUGAUGUAUAUUAAGGCCCUGUCACACUAUUGCGUAUCGUACUAGCGUAUGCUAGCGUAUGAAAAAUAUCACUCAUACGCCGGUAUACGCUGACAUACGCUAGGGGUACGUUAGGCAUGGGUUGUAUACGUCUCAGGCACGGUCGCAUACGCUGGCAUACGGCGAGGCAGAAAUGUUUUUUUAAGCAUGCUCAAAAAUUUUGUGCGUAUUCGGACGUAUCGUUUGUACGAUAAGCAUACUCUAAGGACACGCUGAAUACGCUAGAUGUACGCCAGGUGUACGGUACUCGUACGCUGGCAUUUCAAUGGAUUUUUGUGCGUAUGAAAAUUAUUUCAUUAAUUCCAUACGCUUCUCAUACGUUUCUCUCAUACGCAAUAGUGUGACAGGGCCUUUAUGAACAGUAACGGUCCAAGGAUACUGCCUUGUGGAACACCAGUUUCACAUGUGAGAGGAUCAGUCAUAUCAAAACUCGUAUUUGAGAGGGUUGUGUGGCACACUUUGGUUUUUCUGCCGGUAAUAAUACUUAUAAAAGUUUCUGUCUCAUUUUUUAGACUGUGAAUACGACCAGGCCCCAGGCAAACACAAGACGAUGUGCUUGGUGGACAGCGGUCUCGCUUUCAAUUCUCCUUUUCCUACCAUGUUGCGUCCUGAACGGAAAGUUGAAAUAAUCCUGUCAUUUGAUUUCAGUUGCAAAGACAGUGACGAUAAAGAAUUGCCUUUCAAAGUAAGUACAUAACGUAGGCCUGGUUUACACUAUCAAAGUUUCUGUGAUCACAGUAGGAAUUUUGCAUUGGUAAAUUCUAAGUUUUAAAAAAUACAAAACAAUGGAUACUCCGAAAACAGUUAACAUUUUUAAUUCGACGUUUCGACUAUCUUGCAGUCAUCAUCAGGAUUCCUAGUGAUGACUGCAAGAUAGUCGAAACGUCGAAUUAAAAAUGUUAACUGCAGGCCUUAAAAUAUCUUUUCCAGGGCCGUCCGACAAAAUGUCCGGUGACAUUGACUUUGGGUCGGACAUAUGUCCGAUAACCUUCAGUUCAUUUCUGACUCGGAAAUAAGUCUGAAUGACACAAAUGAAUAAACGGUAGGGUAAAUGUUGUAAAGAUAUUAAAAAAUUUGUUUCUUUCAUACUUAUUUCCAAGCCAAAAUUAACUUGCUUGCCAGAACAGCAGUAUCAAAAAGACUUCGACAACUUAAGCCCAUUUUCCACUUCACCAUUUCGCUCGCCGCCCCGCGCUCGACUACGUUAAAACAACAUUUCCAGUUGACCUUUUAUACAAUAGUACUCUGAUUUUCCAUUUAAGGUGGCUCCCUACAGUUAUUCUUGUUUAAGCAAUAAUUCCGUAAAACAGGCUUAUUCGUGCAGAACGCGAGUUCUUUUCGACUUGGUGGCAAUAUUGGUCACCUAAGGAAUAUUUCGAACUAGAUUUCGACGAUGUCAAUGUUCCCAUAGCAACAUGACGACAGCAUAAAGCCUUCCAAUUUAACCCAUAAAUGUGCCGCUAUCUCAAAAACGAUGUCGGUGACCUAUCUUUUUUAUUUCAUAUAUCAAUAAGAAAUGAUGCUCUGCAACUGUGGUGAAAGUUUAAAAUAAUUCUGUAGUGUGUGAUUUUUUUAAAAGCGAAAAAUUUAUUGCGAAAUUUCCACACUACAGAUUUUUUUAAAAUUUGAAAUUUAUAAAAUUUACCGCAAAAUAAAUUCGGGGUCAAAAUUUGAAGAUAGGUCACCGAUGAAACUAAUGAGUAAAAUGCAAAUAAAGUUAGAAAAUAGCCUCGUGUAACUCGAGAAAUUCCCCUGUUGAAAAGCGUCGCUGACUAGUAAAAGAUUGUACGCGGGCGCAGAACGAGUUUUCAUUCAGCAAAAUCGAGCCGCAAUGUUGUUUUUACUGUUUUGUUUUUGUCAACUUUUUGAUUUAUUUGAGUGCUAUGGACAGCCAAGGAUUAUUUUGAAGGAUUAAAUCGAUGAAAACAAGGUUGAAGCUAAUUGAAUCCUGCCGUUUACUCAAUCUAUGAGCUGUAACAGCCUAUUAACAGGUGGACGUGUUUUUUGUUUCAUGUUUGGUUUUGUACUUUUUGCUAAAAAUGAACAAUUAGGCUAUGAAACUGAAAUAUUUUUCUGUUUACAUAUAAUCACUUUAAUCUUGUAGAAACACGACUAAAAACGUGAACGUUUUCUUGAGAAGUAAACAACUUUUUAAACGUUUGUAUGCAAUUUUGCAAAUGUUUUACAGUUGACAAUGUAUAUUUCAAAAACAUUAAAAAACAUUGUUUCGUAGCUAUUUUUGGUCUAGUGGUAUUCGUAUCAUAUGUAGAAUUGCUGUAUAGACCCGCAAGUAAUUUGGCACUCAAAACGAAGUAUUAUUCAACGCUUUUUCCCAUUAGAAACCUUUCAGAAAUAGCUUUUUUUAAAAAAAAAAUAUUUUGUUUUGUUUUGAUCAUGCGGUUGCGUGGGAUAGUUCACGUACUGGUCCCGCGAACAUUCCGCACGCAACUGUAGGGAGCCUCCUUAACAUAUAAGCCUGCCUCUAGUCCUGGCCUCCUGGACUAGGGUACUUUUUGAUUUACGUCCGUCGGACAAAGCUACAGUUCGGUCGGACACCAAUACACUCGGGUCGGACAAACAAUAAACCUCAGUUUCACUUUGGUCGGACAGAAUGUCCGGUGGUUUCUUUUCUACGUCUGACAAUUUCACGAAUGGGUCGGACAAUGUCCGUGACCGACCGAUAUUUUAAGGCCUGUAACUGUUUUCGGAGUAUCCAUUGUUUUGUAUUUUUUUUAAAUUACUCAGUGGUAACCGUAACUUCUGGCUAAAUUCUAAGUUUUGAAGGAUUUGUAAGAAAUGUUUGAGGGAUCUGACUCUGUGUUUAAUACUGAGCUACCUAAUUUUUUCACGUUGGUCUUUGCACGCAAGCUCGGGGGGUAAAGCUCAAAGUUCACUCUUUUAUACUUUAUAUUAACUCAGAACCUUUUGAGGGCUGAACGCUGGGCAAAGGAGCAAGGGCUCCCGUUCCCGCAAAUCGACGGGAACCCAGUCUUGGAAAAUUCUGACAUUGAAGAAUGUUAUGUAUUUGAAGAUCAGUCAGAUCCAGAAUGCCCAACAAUUUUACAUUUUCCUCUUACCAACAAAACAUUCAAAGACUUCAGCGCACCAG